UUCGGUGACGCCUCCGGGAGGUCACGUUGUGAGGCCGUGUCUCGUGACGCUACCGAGGGGCGGGUUAUCAACAACAGAGUCGGUCUGUGGAGCUAACGUUACCGAGGGACAGAGCUCGAGUGUUGUUUUGAAUUUACGAUAAGACACCGACUGGAAAGGGGGGCUCGGGCCUGUGGAUAAGAUGGCGGAUGUUGGAGACGAUGAAACUCGGUCGGCUCUCCCUUCGGCAUCCCGUAACGGUCCGGCUGUCGGCUCGUCUGCGGGCCAGAACGCGGCUAACGUUAGCGUCAUGGUAACGUCGGGUCCGCGGAUGGUGAGGAUCGUCAAGUCGGAGUCCGGCUACGGUUUCAACGUUCGCGGUCAAGUUAGCGAAGGAGGGCAGCUCCGGAGCAUCAACGGGGAGCUGUACGCUCCUCUCCAGCACGUCAGCGCUGUUUUGACCGGGGGUGCCGCAGACCGAGCUGGGAUAGCAAAGGGUGACAGGAUCCUGGAGGUUAAUGGGGUGAGUGUGGAAGGUGCCACCCAUAAGCAGGUGGUGGACCUGAUCCGUGCCGGGGAGAAGGAGCUGGUUCUGGCUGUGCUGUCUGUUCCAUCUCAGGAGGCUGAUGGAUUGGAAGGAGGAGAGGAUGUCCAACCCAACUAUGACUACAGUGACAAGCAGGCAGUGCCCAUUUCUGUUCCCACUUACAAACAUGUAGAGCAGCACUCCGAGAGGUUUGUGGUGUACAACGUGUACAUGUCAGGUAGACAGCUGUGCUCAAAGCGCUACCGGGAGUUUGCCAUCCUGCACCAGAACCUGAAAAGGGAGUUUUCCAACUUCAACUUCCCAAAGAUUCCUGGUAAAUGGCCCUUCUCCCUGUCCGAACAGCAGCUGGAUGCUCGCCGUAGAGGCCUGGAGGAAUAUCUCGAGCGAGUUUGCUCUGUGCGGGUGAUCGGGGAGAGUGACAUCAUGCAGGAGUUUCUCUCAGAAUCAGAUGAGAACUACAAUGGAGUGACGGAUGUAGAGCUGCGGAUAGCCCUGCCAGACAAGACCACCAUCUCUGUCAGAGUCCGCAAGAACAGCACCACAGACCAGGUGUACCAGGCACUGGUGAUAAAGGUUGGAAUGGACAGUAUUAUGGCGAGCUACUUUGCCCUUUUUGAAGUCAUCAACCACUCAUUUGUGCGGAAACUGGCGCCUAAUGAGUUUCCCCACAAGCUUUAUGUGCAGAAUUACACGUCGGCAGUGCCGGGGACUUGCUUAGCGCUCCGCAAAUGGUUGUUCAGCUUCCAGGAGGAGGAGUUGCUAAGAGACAACCCGCUGGCACUGCACUACUGCUUUCACCAGGCAUUGGAAGAUGUGAAGAAGGGAUUCAUAAAAACAGAGGACAAAUCCUACCAGCUGCAGAAGCUGGCAGAGCAGCGCAAGAUGGCCACGUACCUGAGUCUGUUGCGGACAUGUGAAGGCUACAAUGAGGUGGCAUUCCCCCACUGCUCCUGUGACUCCAGGAGGAAGGGACAUGUCAUCACAGCUAUCAGCAUCCAUCACUUCAAGCUGCACGCUUGCACCGAGGACGGCACACUGGAGAACCAGGUGAUAGCUUUUGAGUGGGGGGAGAUGCAGCGCUGGGACACUGACGAGGAGGGGAUGGCUUUCUGCUUUGAAUAUGCCCGAGGAGAGAAGAAACCUCGCUGGGUGAAGAUCUUCACUCCAUAUUUUAACUACAUGCACGAGUGCUUUGAGCGGGUCUUUUGUGAGCUGAAGUGGAGGAAACAGGUUGAGGAAGAGGCAUCUGACAAAGACAACAAAAACUGCAGUAACAAUGAGUAUCUGCCUCCUCUGGAGACACAGCAGAAGGGAUGGCGCCACCUAGGGGGGGAGAUUGCAACUUCCUAAAAUCAUUUGUCAUCACUCGAACUAGAACUGGUCCACUUGCAUCAUCACAGCCACCCCAGAGAGCGCCCAUCGACAAACACAGAACUGAGUGACAGACUGAGGCGAUCCAUGCCCCGAAAAACAAACUGGAAGUGACCAAUUUUUUUGUAAAUUGGAAUAGCCACACUUAACCAACCCCAGGGAUACACACAGCAAGAAGAGCAAUGAAGGAUAACAAACAAAAGCCAACUUUCAUGUCAUUUACUAGAUCUCCAUAGCGUGUCUGUUGAUUUCCUCCAAGCAUCCGUCCUGUGAUGUGGGGCAGGACACGAGCAGAUUCUCGGGUUGAGAUGUAACACAUGCAUACGGUGUGUGACUUGUGAGAGCCACCACAGCGCUGCUGCACCAUUGGCGCAAAAGGGAGCACCUCGACGAAUCGCAGAAGGAGCGGACACAUGGGAUAGGAUUGUCCAACGCGGCUGGCUCGGUCCGAAGCCUUCAGCGUGACCCUCGUCUGCUGAACUGAGAUGUGGAGAUGAAAAAUAAGAAGGGAGGGGAUACAGAAAAACGGGGUUUUCACUUCUUUAACAGUUAGUGAUAAAGAAAGAAAGCAAAAUCAUGCUUUACACUGAUGAUGGACCUUAACUCAAAAAUGCUGUUUUCUAUCUGUAAGGUCAGAAGUAUUCUGUCUUUGUCAGAAAACAGGCGACGCAACUGUAACUAACAAAAAAACAGAUGUGUUCAUAAUUAUGUGUAUGUUUAACAAUCUUACUUCUGAUAAAAUAUAGAUUAAUAUAAGCGCUAUAAUAAUUGGUUUCUUGAUCUAACACAACGAAACACUAACUAAAUUGCAUUCAAGCUGCUUUAACAAAUCUCAAAUUUUCACCUUUUGUUCUGGUCUAACCCACUGUUCUGGUUGGCAGUCUGCCAUUUAUGUCAGUAUGUGUAUUUAUCCCCUCACAAGUGUUUUAUUGUGGUGAUUUUGUAGAGAGGAAGAGGCGUCCUCAUUUUCAGCCCUGUGCAGGGAUGAUCUCUUUAACAAAAGCUUGAUGGGCCAAAUGUUUUUGAAAUGGUACACCUUCUGAUUGUGAAAAACAGGAUCAUUUUCUCUGCUGAGCUGCAGUUUUCCAACCGAGCAGCAGAGAGCAGCAGAGUUCAAGGCAGAUUUAGUUUGUAGGUUUUGAGUAGAAAUAGAAAUCUUCUCAGAGCUCCUUAAAGAGUGAUCCCUCGGGCUCUGUAACUCACCCCAAAGUAUCACUCCUCUGCAGUUUGUCCAUUAAGCACAUGAGGAGGACAGAUGGUGUGUGUGUGCGUGGAUGUGUGUGUUGUACAGAGAGUAGUGGGUGCAUAAAGUUGUGUGACUGCAACCAUAAGCAUACAUAGCAAUGCAGGCAGCUGUCUGCCUCUUACUGCACCUACAUUGGCACAGUGUUAAUUGUGUGUGUCUGUAUGCACAUGACAUGAUUAUAUGACAGUUUUACAAUUUACACUGAUUUUUGUGUUUUUAGAGGAACAUUUCAGUUCUUUUCACACAGUUAACCUUUUUUUCUUUUUGUAGAUUUGCAGUUUAAUACAUUCUUGUCUCACUUUAAGUGUGUAGGCAGAAGGUUUACAUGCUGGCAAAAAAAUCUUCUGAAUGGAGGCAAUGUGCGUAAAUGUAUUGAUUUCACCUCAAUGCAAUAGAGUUUUUUAGAGGACAGUGGUUUAUCUUGGCUGAUUCAUUACUGACUCAUUCUUGAGCUUCACUUGCUGUCUGGCAGCAGAGUUUUUUGUUGUUUUUUCAGACUGACUUUUAGAGCACAAGUUCAAGUUCCACUUGAAAAAAAAAUCGUACUUACUUUUCCAGUUGAGCUUAGCUUUCCAUUCAAUAAAAUGUUUAAUUCAUGCCUAGGUUUAGUCAUAAUUUGCUUUCAGUCAGUUACCUUGGAGCAUGCUUGUUCGUGUGUUUGCUCUGUUUGUGUGUGCGUGUGUCCUCUGUGUUUAUCGUUGACAUUGCUGAUAAGCUUUUAGGCUCUGAUUGGACGCGUCUGAUGAGCUGUCGGUGUGAGAGCUAGCAAAUGAAGAUGGGGUUUUGUAUCCAUACGACAGCAGAGACGCCAGACAGAUGGAGACAAAUGGGAGGCGUCUCCUAUUGUCUAGCUUACAUUCACAGGCUUUUUCAGCAUAGAACACACACACAAACACACGCACACAAAAACAUCCCUGUCUCCCUGUCACUGUCUGUUUAUGGUUUGAGAUAACUGUAAAACUGCAAGGUUUUUUAUUUGUCAUCCAGUCGUUACCUCUGAGGACCAGCUUCAGUUAUACAACAGCUUAUAGCAAUACAUGCGUGUGUUUUACACACACUCACACCACAGAUAGCUGAAUUGUGAAAGAAACUGCAAUGUGCAGAUUGCUGGAUGGUCAUUUUGACAGCGAGAGUAAUAGCCAAUUUAGAGAUGGAUGACAUAAGAAUUGGAGCUGUUCAACCAUGAUGAUGUUUUUUUUUCCUCCUAUAAGAUGUUGAGGGAGAGGCAGAUGGAGGUGGUGUGACUGUGUGUGUAGGUUUCUCCCGUCCUCUGCUCACACACACUCUCCAGGUUGGUCUCCCUUCAUCACAGAGGGAUGUGGUUGCCGUGGCAGCACCACGUUGGCUCAACACGCUCAGUGCAGCCUCUGUUCCUUUUAUUCCUGUCAGCCAACUGACUCACUCCUCCCAAUAAUGUAUUCAAAGCAGUGUUUUUUGAUGUUUGUUCUCUGUCCCCGUGGCUCAUGCUGCUGUGAAUAGGCUUUUAGAAAGCUGCUGUUUUUUUGUUUUUUUUUCUAAAUAUUUUUAGUGUUUCGGUUUGUCUCGUCUGCGCCAGGUGCCAUCUUCCACUCCGUAUCAGUCACAGGCAGGUGCGCAUACUGUCAGUUGUCGUCCAUUUCUGCCAUCAGUGAGAUAAAUGUCAUUGUAACAGUGUUUAGGUGAAAAGCGGAGAGAUGACAAGAAUGUUAAGAAGCACGUCUUUUUAUGAUCGGCCCGUGUUUGUUCGUCAGUGUGCGCUGUGCUGUGGGCCGCUUGUGUUUGUGUUCAGGAAGCUGGACAGCCUUGGCUUGCGAGUGAGUGAAUAUUUACAAAAAGAGGAUUGAAUUCUACACAGGACUUAACAGAUAACAGAAUGUUUGAUGGUUCAGCGAACAUGGUGGCAGUAGAAUAAAAGAUGAGUUUGUCCAUGUGUGGACCGCACGUGAGGCUCAGAAAGUUUCAUCACAACCCGCCACUGAAAUGCUCGACCUAAUGAUGCUGUUGCUAUAGUAACGCAUCAGUCUUUGGAAAACUGAUUUCCAUCACAUCAUUCAGUGGCAGAUAAUUGCGCAAGAUCUUUUCUGUUAGUUAGAGUCCAGUGUUCGAAGUGGCAUUUAUGAGGCCGCUCAGUCCGUCUCUUUUCUUUGACGCUGUUAGUUCAGUCAGAUUUGUAACUCAUCAUCAGCAUUUCUUUUGUGUAGACUUGAUGUUUGUUGCCGGCUCGGAGGGCAUUAGCUGCUGGCUUUCCUGUUUCAGCUGACAGGUCUUACCUACUGUAUGACUAACAUGAAGGGUGGAUGUAAGUGCAGUUUUAAAAAGUGUUAGCCUUUGUAUACUUAAUUUCUUUUCAUUGCUUUGAAACACGGGGCUUUAUCCAUGGCAAGUAGGCAGCAACAUUAAUUAAAAACCUAAGCCUUGUUUGUCUGUCUUCAGCAUAACCUGUAAAUAGUUGUUUUAAAAAGAAAAAGAGAAUAUCUCUUGGACAAAAUGCACUCUUGUUUCUCCAACUCAAGAACUUUUAUUUAUUUAAACAGAAAUUAUAGCGAUUGGGGAAAUGAUAGUGUACAACGUUAGAGCCACCGUUGAUCAUUGAUUAUGUGCGUGGGGAACGACAGUAUGGAGGAUUAGAUAACUACACAAUGAAAAAUAAGCUGUUAUAAAAAAAGAGAGACAGUGUCUAAAAACAUUUAACACCUGUCGAGAACUAGCCCACAAAAUGGAAAGUUUUAUAUCUUAAAAAAACACAUGAAGGUUUACUAACCAAUAUAAGAAAAAAGGAAAAAAGGUUUGAAAAAUGUUGUGUAGAGUAAUAAAUUGUAACAAUAUUUUAAAUAAAGUUAUAUAUUGGGAAAAUAAGCUGUCAGUCUGAACUUAUUUACUCUCUCCAGGGCAUAAAAUGAAGCGUGGACUCAUUUUCUUUAUGUUGGCAGUAAUCUGAAUGAGCUUCCAGGAGGCUUUUUACCGGUUGUUAAAUGAUAAAGCGCUCAGGUUGUGGUUAUCAAUGUAUGGAUUCCUUCCUUUCCAGCGGGACCUGGCCAAUGUCAAGACUGUCUUCCUAUAAAGACAUAAAGCGAUAAAGCAACAGCAGUGCUCAUUGGGGACCAAUUAUAUCUUGAAGGAAAAAAAUACGAGUGCACCUAAUAAGCUUUUAAUGUCUUUAAAUUUGAAUUUGUCAAAAAUGUUACCGCCAUGCUCAUCAAAUUGCUUUUAAUGAGUGUUUCUUCUGUGAGCUGCCAAGCAAGGUGAUGGCAGGGUCUGAUUCAUGCUCCUCAUUCAGUCUCAAGGUUUACUUUAACCGCCCUGUGUUCAGAGAGCUAAGUAAUUUGUUCAUGUGUGGGAGGCAUUUAUGUAAAUGUAGUUCAUAGUGAGUCGCUGGUGGUAAAUGUUAAGUCUAGAGCUAAAUUGGUUGUCACAGAAUGACCGAGUUAAGCAAGGAAAGCUGAUUUGACAGCGAUUUUGUUUUUCUCAACACUUGUAACUGCGGCAUACAGCCUGCCGGAAUGAGAAGUGACAGGGAGCAGGUGUGACAGUUUGCUGGCAGGAAACAUUUCCCUUAUCCCCAUUCCUGUAGCUUACAGGGGUUUAGGAUGAAUUGAAAAGUAGGAUGUCACUACUUUUCAGAGCUAAACAAAUGACACAAGCGACCAAAGAGACUGUGUGGCUGAUUAGAAGAUGUCUCAUUUAUGAACAGCCGUGCUGUGCUGCGGAGCUCAGAGCUUAAACUUCCCCGGCACUGUACCGGAAGGUUGGCACAGGGCUGUUUUGGAUUCAAAGAUGGAUAAUUUAUAGGUCUGUGGAAAAUAUUCUUGCUUGUAUAUUUAUGUAUACAGCCAUAAGGAA